AUGGCAAAAACAGAACUAACCACAUUUAUGAUUUAUAAAUAUAGCAAUAAAGACACAACUAUGAUAAGCUGGGAGACAGAUGGUAACAAGUACCGGCUAUCGUCCUUCUAUAUGGCACACGGGGAUCCAGUCCCAUCGCAGCUGUUAAAAGAGCUAAUACUGGACAGUGAAGCCUGCGGCAAGAUAUUACUCAUGGGAGGCGACGCAAACGCCCAUCACACUACCUGGGGUAGUUCAGAUAUUAACGAGCGAGAAGAACCUUUGAGCAUUGCAGCAAAAAGCGCAGAAAUUAGGAUAGCUGCAUUCUGUGCCGAGCACAAUAUUCCCUACGCAGCAUUAGACCACUUAUCAGACUUGCUGAAAUCAUCUUUAUCUGGCUCCAAAAUUGCCCACAAAAUUGUUCUCAAACGCACUAAAGGAACUGCCAUUGUCAAAAAUGUUAUUGGUGAGACUGAGAAAUGCAGGCUAGCGGAGAAGUUGAAAAUAACUAAAUUUAGUGUGUUAACGGACGAAUCAAUGGACAUUUCAGCAACUAAGACAAGUUGUUUGCUGGCGAGAUAUUUCGAUGAAGAAGAAGGUAAAAUUGUGUCGAAAUUUUGGGACUUAGUACAAGUAUUGCAGCCUGGAAAAGUGACGAGUGCAACAGCUGAACACUUAUACAAUAAUAUCAUUGCAAGUUUCAAAGAGAGGGGGAUCCCAAUGGCGAAUAUCGUUGGUUUUGGGUCUGAUGGUUGCAGUGUUAUGAUGGGUGUGCAUAACUCUGUCGCUAGUCGUUUGAAGCGAGAUUUACCACAUAUCACUAUCAUGAAAUGCAUCUGCCACUCAUUGCAUCUUUGUGCAAGCGAAGCAUGUGAACAAUUACCAUGUACGUGUGAGGACUUUGCUCGCAAUAUUCACAAUUUUUUUAACAGCAGUUCCAAACGUCAAAGUGAAUAUGUUGAGUUCCAGAUGUUUUCGAAUGUUGAGGUUCACAAGCUUUUGCAUCCUUCCCAGACACGGUGGUUAUCAUUGGCAACGGUGGUUAACAGAAUUCUCGAACAGUGGCCUGCUCUGUUGCUGUAUUUCACUGACCAAUGGCUGACAAUCAAGCUGAAAAUGGCACAGUCCAUUUAUGAGUGUUUGAAUGAUCCCUUCAACAAACUGUUCUUCUUCUUCCUUCAGUGGGUCCUUCCUAAAUUUACUGGAGUCAACAAGUAUUUCCAAUCUGCUAAAGUUGUGAUCACCGAUCUGCAUGAAGUAAUAAUUGACUUAUACAAAACUCUCCUGUAUAGCUUCAUGAAGAGAAACUAUGUCAAUUCACGUCCAUUGUCAGAAGUAGACCCAGAAGAUAAAGUUCACUAUCUGCCAAUGGCAGAAAUGUACUUGGGGGUACAGGUGUUGCUAGGACAGCAGAGCAGACAAGUCCAGGAGCGAUUGGAUUUACUGACACAUUUUCGUGAGAAAUGUCAAGCCUUUUUGAUUUGUGCCUGUGUUCAGAUCAAGAAGAGGUAUGAUUUUACAAAUAGUUUUUUGGAAAAUCUGAGAAUUUUCAAGCCUAAAAACGCCUUAUCCAGCAUUGAACGAGAGAAAACGCCUGCGCUCAUUCCACUCCUAGUCACGCUCCCCAGAGUUUGUGAACAAGAGAAUUAUCAAGACGUGGAUGACCAGUGA